UUCCUUUGAGCUUGAAGUUUGUAGAACAAAAUUAAUACUUCAAAUAUUAAUCAUUAUUUCUAACCUUGUCAAUGUCUUGACUACAUUUUAUAUUCAUUUGAUAAAUAAAAGUUAUAUUUUUCAUGGAAGACACAAAAUUGUCUGGGUGACCCGAAACCUUUGAACGGUAGUGUAUGUUGAACAACUAUACUUGCGAUUGGUUGAAACUUAUUAUUAUUUUUAGUUAUUUAUUUGGCGGUUUAUAUAUCUCCCAGACUGAAGACACAUGCAGGCCUGACUUACCAGAGAGGUGUGAAGAGCUCAGGUGAAACAACAUCCCCUCAUGCCUUCAUUAGCGGAUCACAUCAAACUGAUAAUUGUCGUCGUGCAGACUUUAAAGAGUUAUUUCGCACAAAAGGAAUCUAAUUAUUUUUCUUUCCAUCACAUUAUCCGUCUAUUUAGCCCGAUUCACACCACAGUGAUAACGAACGACGUCCUUCGAGACGGUCGCAUUUUGGCACUUGAAGUUUUCUUUGAACUUUUUUCGCCUGAGCUGUGAACCCAUAAACCUCCGGAGAUCUGCUUCUAUAUAAAAAGGCGUUGGCCAAAAUCACCUCCACAGAAUCCGCCUGUCAUUCACCCCGAAUGUCAUCCGCGCUACGCGAACGUCUUGGAGUCUCUGGAUAUUUCUAACAUGGACCUGGAGGUUGUCACCGCUAAAAUGCUGUCUGAGUGGAAGACUUUUGUGGACGUUCACGACUCGCUUCAGUCCACCUCCCCGGACUCCUCGAUAGACUCCAUGUGCUCUUCACCGGAGAUGUGCUACUCCAGCGGGCACCAAGAGAUGAAGGACUUCCCCUUCGGCUUCACCGGACCGAGGGCUACUCCAACGGCGCAGAGGCUGGGCAAGCCCAAGAUGUCCACCAAAAGACGCAUGAAGGCCAGCGAGAGGGAGAAGAUGCGGAUGAGGAGUCUCGCCGAGGCUCUGCACCAUCUGCGCGACUACCUGCCGCCGGACUACAGCAAGAGAGGCCAACCCCUGACCAAGAUACAGACCCUCAAAUACACAAUUGAAUACAUCAACAAGCUUUCUGACAUCCUGGGCCGCGCGUAACGGACACACAUUUGACUUUUUACGCGUCAGGUUUACUCUCAUCUGGACAUUAAAUAAAGUGUGUUUUAUAUGAGAAAUACAAUAUUUUGAGAUAACUUAAUUGUUAAAUUUCAUAAAUAUGUCCUUCUUUUUGCCGUUUUCUUGUAAAUAUUGUUUAGCGGGCACUUGGCAAUUAUGGUGUGGCCCUUAUGAGGCUGCCUUUGAUAGAGUUAUGAAUGCAGUGUUUGGAAAUACAGUGUGCUGUUUGUUGAUAUGUUUAUGUUUCUCUGAUGGUAUGGGCUUGAAACAUUAU